CUAUCCGAGAGUGAGUUGAAAUUUGGAUAUUAUUCUUCAAAUUAUCGGUAAUUUUUGUCCAAUUAAUGAUUAUUUAUGAAGUUGUUUUAGUGAUAUUUUGUCUGUAGUUCAAUUCUAAAAAGUAAUUGUUUAUCAUAGUGCGUUUCAAAGUGAGAAACUGUGCGUGAUAUACAUUGCGAUCAUUGUGUGAGUUUCGACGGAAGAUGGAGAGAGGAACAGUGUAAGCUCAUCGGCCAGCUUGGGUCUUCAUUAUGCCCGAUGGUUGAUUUUGCGUUAUUAUUAUGUGCCUUGAGGGAUAUUUUAAAUAUCGGACUUAUGGCACAGAUAUUUUAAAUUUAUGCACCAGCCGUUGGAUGCGACUAAAAUCAUGUACGAAUUAUAAUUUUUAUUAAAUACGAGUACUCAGUCCAGGCAAAGUAGGUACGGCUUUGUAAACAGGGGAGAUAUGGCCGAUCAUCUUGUCACGGACGGGCCGCCAAAUAAGCGGCCGAAAUUGACGGAUCCGUUUCAGGGGACUUCAGAUUCGUCUGCGCUGUCGGCACAUCAUGCUUACACCAACUACGGCUUAACUUCGUCUGGUCUGGCAAGUGGUGGAGGCCCCCUACAGCAGCAACCUCAACAAUGGAACACAACCAGGAGAACAGAUAUCUUCACCAACAACGACAUGUUCAAUAUUGAAAAUGACCUGCCUGAUGAUUUGCUGGGGGAUUUGACUGGGUCAUCAUCAUGGAGCUCGGUGGCAGACGCCCCCACAUCUAAGCCCCCCGCCACAGGCCCGGGCCCUGGCAACAUGCAGAAUGGGGCCCUGGACCAGGACGGAGCCCCCAUGCAGCAGAGGCACAUGGUAGCCUCUCAGCAAUUGCAACAUCAACUGAUGCAGCAGAUGUUGCUGAACAAACAGGGUCAGUCACUGGGGCUGGGCGGAGGGCUAAAGGCCAACCCCGCCACCAUGCAGUCCCCACCCAACGUGUCUGUCAGCAAAGGAGACCCCAUGGUCAUGCCCAGCAGUAUGGGAGUUGGUCUCAACAACGUGCCUCCAGCCAACAUGAUAAUGACGAGUCCACCAGUGAACUCAAUGGGAGGCAUGGCAGGUGGAGGCAUUGUAGUAACUAACAGCCAAAACAAGCAGAAUCUUCCCACCACCAUGUUAGCUGGUGGUCCCAACGCUAAUCCUCAAGGAAUCAUGCAUCACGGGGUUCCCAACCAGGGUCUACAGAACGGACCAAUGAUGGCAGCUCGCGUGGGAGUGAUGCAGCAGCAGACACAUCUGGUCAACAGAGGGCAGAGUCCACACCAGGUCCACGCCAUCAGUGUGGGCCAACCCAGAAUACAGGGGCCCAACAUGGCUGCUAUGGGCCAGAUGCCUGGAGGUAUGGGUGCUGGACCUCAGUACAACUACAACAGAGGAGUGGGGGUAGCUGUGGUCACUCCUCAGCAACGCGGCCUUGCCAACAAUCUGGCAAUGCAGGCCAACCGCUUCGGUACAGCUGGCAAUGCGAUUGGCGGAGGUGUAGUGAACAGUGAAGGAGGCAUGGCUCAACAAGCUCAGCCUCCCGCUCCGUCCCCAGCCCAGCCCCAGAGUGGGGCCCCCACAGGUGGUCAGCCGGGGCCCACACAGGCUGCGACUCCUCAGUCUCAAUCUACAACCACCACAACACCCUCCACAUCCACUGCCGACCCAGAGAAGAGGAAACUGAUCCAACAACAGUUGGUGUUGCUACUGCACGCACACAAGUGUCAACGACGUGAGAGUCAGUCUAAUGGAGAGGCUUGGCAGUGUACUUUGCCACACUGCAUGACAAUGAAGAAUGUGCUGAAUCACAUGACGACCUGUCAGGCAGGCAAGUCUUGCUCUGUUCCUCAUUGCUCGUCGUCCAGACAAAUCAUCUCUCAUUGGAAACAUUGCAUGAGAGCUGACUGUCCUGUCUGUCUGCCUCUUAAACAAGCUGAUAAGAACCGAAACAAUCCCAAUGUAGUUGCACAGCAGGGAGCCACAGCUCUACCUAACCCCUCACCCUCGGACAUGAGGCGGGCCUACGACGCCCUAGGCAUCCAAUGUCCACCUACCACUGGACAGCUGAUGGGAGGCGCAGGUGCUGCGCAGGUGCGGCCUAGACUGCCAGUACCCUCACAAGCAAACGUGCUAUCCAACCAGCAACCAGGAGGCGUUGUGGGAUCUCAGUCAUCAGUGGUGGCUCCCAACGUAUCAUUGGACAACGCUGUCCCCACUGCCGCAGCCCAGACUGCUGCAUCCAUCCAGCAGAAUGUGGCCAACAUGCAGAACGCUCUGUUUGGCCUCAACAACCCUGAUUCAUCCAGUAAUAAUCUAGGCACAGUAGACAAUCAGCUAGCCAGCCUACAACUACCGGGAGUGGGACUAGCCGGUUCCGGCCAGGUCACUGCAACUCCAGUCCCCGGAACUAAGGAGUGGCAUCAGUCAGUCACAACUGAUCUCAGAAACCACUUGGUCCACAAACUUGUGCAAGCAAUAUUUCCAACACCAGAUCCCAAUGCCAUGAGGGACAAACGUAUGCACAACCUCGUAGCCUAUGCAAGAAAAGUGGAGGGAGACAUGUAUGAAAUGGCCAACUCAAGGUCCGAAUAUUACCAUUUGUUGGCUGAAAAGAUCUACAAAAUUCAAAAGGAACUUGAGGAGAAAAGACAAAAGAGGAAAGAACAGCAAAUGCAGCAGGCUGCAGCGCAGGUACAGAACCAGCCAGCGCAGCAGCAGCAGCAACAGCAGGUGGCAACGCAACCUCAGAUGAGGCCAGGUGCAGGAUGUGUCCCUACACGACCAGUCACUUCACAACACUUACCCUCUCACUCGCCAGUGGGUGGAGGUAUGUUGAGUGGACACCUGAGUGGACCCCGAAUGCCAUUUAACAACACACAGCCCACCUCACAGACUGGUCCUUCCACCCCUGGUAUGGUAGUGGGCCCUCCAGGUCCUAGCCCCACCCCCUCUCAGGCUCCCACCCCUGUCUCUUCUACUAGUCAAUUCUCCACCACCAACCAUCAGUUUCAGCAGCAGGCGAGGCUCAGCGCACCGCAGACUUCCCCGGCAUUCCCUCUACCUCCGUUCUCAUCACCCAACAACACGUCAGCCAGUAGUGGAGGAGUGAUGGUGUCACAACCCUCGUGUGUCACUCCUCCCCCCACUUCCUCACCCUUACCUCCCACCUCAGGACCUCCCACAAUCCCUUCCCCGUCACUCAGUCCCGCCAACACCACCACCACGUCACAGUUUGCUAGAACAACUUCCACCACAAGCUCCAGUUCAUAUACAAGUCAGAUGGCUGCAAUCACUGCUGCACUCACACGGGAUGAAGAUUCACCCCCGAGUUCAAACCAAAAUAAGGGAAAACUGAAUCAAGUUGGCUCCAAAGGUGAGAGGGACGAAGGGGAUGAUGAGGGUGAAUCUCGUCACGGUGGCGAGGGAGGAGGCAAGGGCAUGCCUAACUUUGACUGUGGGAAACAGAUCAAACAAGAAAUCAAGACUGAGCCAAUGGACCACGACACAAUCAAAGAAGAAGUUUCAAUCAAAGAGGAGCCGAGAUCUCCUAAAACAGAAGCAGAUAUCAAACCACCAGUUCCCAUCGAGCCUAUAGUGCAAGGAAGUGACAAAAAGAAAAAGUGCCUGUUCAAACCUGAUGAGCUUAGACAGGCUCUGAUGCCUACGCUGGAGAAGCUGUACCGCCAGGACCCAGAGUCUUUGCCGUUCCGUCAGCCUGUAGACCCACAGUCUCUCGGCAUCCCAGAGUACUUUGAGAUUGUCAAGCGGCCAAUGGACCUGAGCACUAUUAAGCGUAAGCUGGACACAGGCCAAUACUCAGACCCGUGGGAGUACGUGGAUGAUGUCUGGCUCAUGUUCGACAACGCCUGGCUCUACAAUAGGAAGAGCUCCCGCGUCUAUAGAUAUUGUACAAAGUUAUCCGAAGUGUUUGAAGUGGAGAUAGACCCUGUGAUGCAAGCUUUAGGCUACUGUUGUGGCCGCAAAUAUACGUUCAACCCUCAAGUUUUAUGCUGUUACGGCAAACAGCUGUGUACCAUCCCAAGAGAUGCCAAAUACUACAGCUAUCAGAACAGAAGCUACGGUGUUGUGUCGGAUAGAUACACUUUCUGCCAGAAGUGCUUCAACGACAUACCCGGAGACACUGUCACCUUGGGAGACGAUCCCACCCAGCCACAGACUGUAAUCAAAAAGGACCAGUUCAAAGAGAUGAAGAACGAUCACUUGGAGCUGGAGCCGUUUGUGGAGUGUUCGGACUGUGGCCGCAAAGUGCACCAGAUCUGCUGUUUACACAUGGAGGCUAUCUGGCCACAAGGGUUUGCUUGUGAAAAUUGCCUUAAAAAGAAAUCACAAAAACGAAAAGAUAACAAAUUUAACGCCAAAAGAUUACCAGUGACAAAAUUGGGCACUUAUAUAGAGACAAGAGUAAAUAAUUUCUUGAAGAAGAAAGAGGCAGGAGCUGGGGAAGUGGCCAUUAGGGUGGUUGCCAGCUCGGACAAAAUAGUGGAGGUGAAGCCCGGCAUGAGGAACAAGUUUGUGGAAAACGGUGAUCUGCCAGAACAGUUCCCAUACAGGGCGAAAGCUUUGUUUGCCUUUGAAGACAUCGACGGCACAGACGUUUGUUUCUUUGGCAUGCACGUGCAGGAAUAUGGCUCCGAGUGUCCCAACCCCAACACGAGGCGGGUGUACAUCGCAUACCUGGACUCAGUUCACUUCUUCAGGCCGAGGCAGUUCAGGACUGCUGUUUACCAUGAGAUCUUACUCGGCUAUCUGGACUAUGUCAAACAACUUGGAUACACGAUGGCACACAUCUGGGCUUGUCCACCUUCAGAAGGUGACGACUACAUUUUCCACUGCCAUCCCCAGGAGCAAAAAAUACCAAAGCCAAAGCGAUUACAAGAAUGGUACAAGAAGAUGCUGGACAAGGGAAUUAUCGAGAGGAUAGUUUUAGAUUAUAAGGAUAUUCUAAAGCAAGCAAUGGAAGACAAGUUGAGUAGUGCAGCUGAACUGCCUUACUUUGAGGGUGACUUCUGGCCUAAUGUCCUGGAGGAGAGCAUCAAGGAGUUAGACCAGGAGGAGGAAGAGAAGAGGAAACAAGCUGAGGCAGCUGAGGCCGCAGCCAAUGCUUACUUGUCAAUAUCAGAGGACAGUGAAGUUGGAGCGGAUGGUAAAAAGAAAGGACAGAAAAAAGCCAAGAAGUCAAACAAGUCUAAAGCGAACCAAAGGAAAAGCAAUAGCAAAAAAUCAAAUACGCCUCAGACUGGAAAUGAUUUGUCUGCAAAAAUCUUUGCCACAAUGGAGAAGCACAAAGAAGUAUUUUUUGUUAUAAGGCUUCAUUCAGCACAGUCUGCAGCCAGUUUACAGCCAAUCCAAGACCCUGACCCAUUCAUCAAUUGUGAUCUGAUGGACGGGCGUGAUGCUUUUCUCACUAUGGCGCGAGAGAGGCAUUACGAGUUCUCCUCAUUACGAAGGGCGAAAUACUCGUCAAUGGCGAUGCUUUAUGAGUUACACAACCAGGGUCAAGACCGCUUUGUCUACACAUGCAACAAUUGCAAGCUACACGUUGAGACCCGUUACCACUGCACUAUCUGUGAUGACUUUGAUUUGUGUAUAACAUGUUACGGCAAGGAUGGACAUCCUCACAAGAUGGAAAAGUUGGGCUUGGAUCUGGACGACGGAUCAUCACCUGCAGACCAGAAACAAGCAAACCCACAGGAGGCGCGGAAGUUGUCCAUACAGAGGUGUAUCCAGUCACUGGUGCAUGCAUGUCAGUGUCGGGACGCCAACUGUCGUCUGCCCAGCUGUCAGAAGAUGAAGCGGGUGGUGCAGCACACCAAGAUCUGCAAACGCAAGGCCAACGGAGACUGUCCUAUCUGCAAACAGCUCAUUGCACUCUGUUGCUACCACGCCAAGUAUUGUCAAGAGACCAAAUGCCCGGUGCCGUUCUGUCAGAACAUCAAGUACAAGAUGAAGCAGCAACAAUUACAGGCGAGAUUGCAGCAAGCGCAGCUGCUGCGUAGGCGAAUGGCUGUCAUGAAUACUAGAGGGUCUGUGAUGGGGUCGAGUGCAGUCAGUCCAGGCGCUCAGCAGACAGUGGUGAUGCCAGCUCUGCCGGCACCUUCACCUCAACACCAGCCUGGCAUCGGCCUCAAGCCUGGCACUCAGACUCCUCCUGCCAACGUACUGCAAGUUGUCAAACAGGUGCAGGAGGAGGCGGCCAGACAACAAGCACCUCACGCUGCUGUAGGCUAUGUAGGCAAAGUGCCUCAGUCUGUACCUCAAGUGAUGCCUCCUCCACAGCUACAGAGAGGGCCAGGGCCAGGACCAACCCCGCUUCUCUCCAUGGACCAGUGGCAACAGAACAGAUACCAAACAGCCAAUGUGGGCAAUGCAGGGCUGAGGCAGCCUAACCCUCAGCCUGGGGCGCAAGGACCCAUCGUGGGGGCAAUGCGACUCUCUCAGCCAGGACCUAACCCCCAGAGCAAACAGGCGCUUCAACAACUGCUGCACACUCUACGAUCACCCAACACUCCGGAACAGCAGCAGCAGAUACUGCAGAUCCUCAAGAGCAACCCUCAGCUGAUGGCAGCCUUUAUCAAACAGAGGCAAAACUUCCAGAUGCAGCAGCAGCAGCAGCAGCAGAACGUGGUGAACGUACCUCAGGCGCCGACCCAGCAGCUUCAGCACAUGAUGACUCAGCAGCAAAAUCCACAACAGAACAGGCUGCACAUGCAGAUGCCUCAACAGAACCCUCAGAUGAUGCAACAACAACCCAACUGGUACAAGCAGCAGCAGAUUCUGGCUAUCCAACAGAGACAACAGCAACAACAACAGCAGCAGCAGCAACAACAACAGCCGACUCAGCAGUUCCCCGGGGGCUAUACGCCUCAGCAGCAACGGUUACCAAUGAGAAGUUACUCGCAAGGCUUCCCUGACCAGUACCCUGUCAAACCCAACCCUAGUCCAGUCCAGUCGCCCCAGGGCAUGAUGGGUCCUCCUGGUAUGUCGCAACAACAACUCAUGUCUGUCAGGUCGCCCCCACCUAUACGGUCGCCUCAACCCAACCCCUCGCCUCGGCCAGUACAGUCACCUCGCAACCAGCCGGUGCCCUCGCCUCACCACGACCUCGGUGGACCCAGUGAGAUGAUGUUAUCACAACUAGGCUCCUCCGCUACCGGACUGCCGCCCCCAGCACCCCCACAGCCCGACGAUCUUACGCCUCAGGAUCAGUUGACUAAAUAUGUGGAAAAUUUGUAGUACAGUGCGGCUUUUUAGUUUUUAAUGUGUACUUAAAAGGACAUUUUCCUUGUCGAUAAACAAAGCAAUCUUCCUAUCCUGUGUUAUGUAAAAAUGUUGUGAUUGUUGUCGAUUAUAGUAUUAUUAUUCUGUUAGUGUAGGUGUACAUAAGUUAAAUAGUGCCGGGUGGCGAAUGUGUAUAGCGUCCCUAUGAUCCGCUCGUGCUUUAUUUAUUGAACUUUAUUAUUUGACCAAAAAUAAAGAUGUGAAACAUUUUGUUAAAGGAAUGUUGACUAUCGAUGGCCGUUUUUAGUCUCUUUUGUGUCUUGUGUAUUGUUGUUUUUGUUUUAGUCUCUUUUUACGACACAAAUGUGAGAAUAUUUCAACUACACGAAAUAAAAUAUUUGUAUGUACAUCGUUAAACCUUUAUUGUAAAGAAAAGUAACACUUAAAUCCUCUUUUUAUAUAUAGACUUAAUACAAUUAUUACAUCUUUUGUAAACAAAAAGGUGCCGCUGUGUAAAUAUAGUAAUAGAAAAUGUUUUACGUGUAUAUAAAUGUAUUAUUGUUCGAUAAAUGACUAGUAUACAUUAAUAAAAACACAUAUAUAAAUAUAUGGAUAUCUAAGAUAAAAAUAAAUGAUUGUUGUUCAUAAAAUUUGUCUUUAACUUGUCUCACAAGUUAGGCUGUGUUCAUGGUUAUGUGUAAAAAGGAUUGGAAUGGAUUUGUUACUCUAAGAUGACAACUCAUUUGUUAAAAUUAUCUUUCCUCUACUUCUUCUGUGAACUAUGUAUUUGUAGGUACUGUUUUGUUACUUCAUUCAUAUUGGAUUAAUGAUAGUUUUUAUACAUGACUAAGUGAGUGAAUCGAGUUCAGAUUAAGAUCUCCGAUAGACAGAUUUUUCAACAGAUCGUGUAAUGAUAUUUUUAUAUAUAAUACAAACAAAUAGGUUGUCUCCAGCCAUGUACAUUGGGUACUAGUUCCUCUCUACUCGCUUAGAGAGAAUUUCUUCAAAAGCUUUGCUUUUGUGAAUUAUCUCUUACUAUUAAAUUUUUUAGGUAUAUUUAUUGUUAUUUUAUUUGUUACUCCCUUUUCAGUUUGGAAUUUCAUCUUAAUCUGACUACAAUUUUCCCUUUCAAACUCGAUCCAAUAGCCAUUAUAAACACUAGAUUCAAAUAUAAAAUGUGUGAAUACAAGUGAGAAGAUUUUUUUACUAUCAGAGUAAUAUUACACGCUCUAUCCUAUUUGGAUUUAUCGCCUGCAUGUUUUCUGCCAAAUGUGAUACGAUUGUUAGGUAGAUGAAAUUCCAAAGACCUCCUCAGAGAUGUGUUACAGUAUUAAGAUGAGACGAGCGAUGGUACGAGGAUAUGUCCAUGGAUCAAAUCAUUAGUUUCAUAGUUGUUGUUAUUAACUUAUUGUAUUUUAUUUUGUUUAUAAUUUUAAAUGUGGACAAUUUUUUAUUUUGUUGUUAUAUUAUUAAGUCUGUAAUAUUAGCUGAUGUCAUUUCCAACGUCCCUAACAUUAACGAUGAUAAAAUAAUGAUUUAUAUAUAUAUUUUUGUAUUGUAUAAGUUAUUGUUCCUUUUACAAUUAAAUUGUCGACGAUCGAACACCACUAGAUUUAUUUCUGUAAAUUAUGUAAACAAAAUUGAAUCAAAUGUAUAGUCGAGGGAAAUUUAAAAAUUAUGUCACAACGACGACCUUUUGUAAAUAAAAUGUUUUCUUAUACGACCCCGUUUAGACCUCAUGUCCCAGUCCUGUCCCCCAAAAAUUGUGGGUUUAUGAUUCAGCAACAGAAAAGUAUAAAACUUAAACAGUGGGUGGCGCUAUACAUUCCGUUCCCAUGUUAAAGCUGUGGUCAGAUUUUAGAAUCAAAUAAACACAGUUGAAUUAUUGAGCCUCUGAUAGAGUGUGAUACUGUCAAUUACUAGUUUUUGCAAUUACUAUCUGUCUACUUACUGUGUAGUAACAAUAUCUGAGAAAGUUAUUUUGACAGCAGCUUUCUAUGAGAGGCUCAUUCAACUUUGUUAUAUUUGAAUAGCAAAAAAAUAUUAGAAUGGCCACAGCUGUUUCAUAUAAAUGGAAUGUUUACCCCAUCGAGAUCGAUGGUUUACCCUAGUUUCAUAGAGUCAGUGGAAAAAUAUGAAAGCGGUUAACAUGUUUCAAUGUAAUUAAAGAUAUUUUUGAUUUUAAUAUUUCCAAACAGGAGGCCUUAAAUAGUUUUCAUACAAAUAACUAAUAUAAAAAAGUUGAUUCAAUCUGUUGAAUAACUGGUACUAUAAUGAAUUCAUUUUUAACAUCACAUCAAGUUUCUAAUUUGAUACUAGGCCAGCCAUGAAAUCAAACUGUCGAGUUAGGUAAUUUUAGGUCUUAACGUAAAAAACCUUUAUAACUACAGUAUGAACAGAGCGAGUGUUCUCGUAAAAUGUGCCUUUUUAUGAGCAUGACCCCUUUCUGCAUCAUGUAGUUCAUACCUAAACCCAGUUCUGUAAGAUAUAUUAAAAUGCUACUGCACGUAUGGUAUUAAAUUUUAAAACUCUUCUUAAAUGAAAAACUAAUUUGUCAUAUAGUUAUUUCUCAAAAAGUAUCAAUCAAAGAUUAUUUUUUUUGAAAAAUAGGGGAUGUUAUCUAUUUUGUACACUUUAUACAGUAUUACUAUCUCUGUCCCUUAAAAACCCUCCUUUGCUAAAAUAUUAAAGAGAUUUCCCAACAAUUGCAUUACAAACAUUAAAACCAUAGGUACUUAAACUAAAUUUACAAAACUAUACUAUGAUGUUUUACUAGUUAGCAAUAUUGUUUAAAUGUGAUCGAAGUAAAAAAAAUUAGGGUGGUAAAACAAAUAUUGUGUGUGAAACAAAGAUGAAGUUUUAUGAAUAUUGGAAACCGUUUGAGGUUUUUUUGGUAAAUUUCAAAAUGGUUACUUUUCUCAACCAAUUUGUAUUUAUUAACUACCUGUCAACGUGCUAAAUAAAGUAAAAUGGUUAUCACUUUAAUAUUUUGAUUUUUUAUGGUGUUCAUUUCAAACACAAUUUUUUUAAGUUGCAAUUUUCUGUUUCAAACGUUAUAUAAUUAAAUCAUGUUUUAUUUCAACGGUAGAAGUGUUUUUUAGUUUUGAUUUGCAAGUCUCGGUGCAAUUACAUACAAAGAGGACUGUUAUUAUAAAGUUAAAGACGGUGACUGUGUUUUCCAAAAACCAAAUUCUAAGCUAGUAGUUAGAGAUUUAAGGUCCAACUCCAUAAUACUAAGAGUAAGUUGGAGAUAGGUUCAGUGUAAAUAUUGUAUCUAGUUAUACAUAAGCGCUCAAUGUAUAGUGUAUGAUUACUUGACGUGAAAAUGUACAUAAUAUAAAUGUAUUUAAAGUGUGAUUGUUUUCACACAAAUGGAGAAUGUAGCUUUCCGUUUAUUAUUUUUGUUAAAGUGUCACAGAGUGGAGGCCGAAGUGUGUAUAUAGAAGCUACUCUUGUCUCAUUAGCUGUUAGAAAUUUGAAGAAUUUUUUUUAAAUAAAUAUUUAAGCAAUUA